ACUGUGCGCUUGGUGUCAAACCGUCUUAUAACAUGACAGAUCUCAUUACACCCUGACAAACAGAUCUCAGCGAAUAGCAAAUUGACCGCGUCGCUCCGGGAUGGCAGCCUGUCUUUUCAAUCAGAACGCAAAUAUCAGCUUAAACCCACCAAACCAAACAGUUGGUACGACUAGUUCUGCAAGGGUUUUAGCCAUUUCUCUCCAUGGCAUCUUCUCUUCCAUUGGCAUCAUAGAGAACCUCCUCAUCGUCGGAGUGGUGGGUUUCCAUGUGCGCCGCUCCGUCAUCAGCAUCUGGAUCCUGAACCUGGCAGCCUCUGACCUACUGGCCACCGCUUUUCUCCCCUUCUUCACUCUCUACAUGGCACGUGGCAACACCUGGACAUUGGGCACGACCUUCUGUCGAAUAUACUCCUCCAUUUUCUUCCUCAACAUGUUUGUCAGUGGUUUCCUGUUGGCGGCCAUUUCUAUGGAUCGCUGCCUGGUAGUGCUGCGACCCGUUUGGGCCCAGAACCACAGAGACAAGCAAAUUGUGACGAAGAUAUGUGGUGUGAUUUGGGCUCUGGCUGUUGUCUGCACUAUCCCAUUCUACAUAUUCCGUGAUACCAUUCACCUACCCAGUGGCCAUAUUCUCUGUUAUUACAAUUAUGCUCAAUUCCCUCCUAGUGAGCCAUACGACCUAAAAGUCUUAUGUAAGCAGCGCAAGGAGGCCUUGGCCUUCAUGAAGUUCCUCCUAGCCUUCCUGGUUCCUCUAGUAAUCAUCAUCCUCAGCUAUGCUGCUGUGAAUUCCCAUUUGGCUGGCAGAGGUCACCGGCGAUCCUUCCGUUUUUUCCGGCUUGUAGUGACCGUGGUGGUGAGCUUUGUUCUGUGUUGGGCUCCAUACCACAUCUUCAUCAUCAUGGAGGUGAUGGCUCCCAGUGGGUGUCCACUCCAGAAGUUUGCAAGCGAAGGCCUUAAAAUUGCAGCAACCUUAGGCUUCUUUAACAGUGUCCUCAACCCGAUAUUGUAUGUAUUCAGCUGCCCCGACCUGUGCAAGAAGAUCAGACAUUCUCUGGGUGCAGUGAUGGAGAGCGUUCUGACUGAGGAUCUUGCUGAACUGGCCCGGCGCCGCAGCACUGCUUGCAGCUCCCACAGCACUGCUUGCAGCUCCCACAGCACCGUAGAGCUUGUGAUGAAAUCAAAGGUUUCCUCGACAACCUUGUCUUUGAAAAAAGAGGAAGAGCAGGCUGAAAUCAUUGCUAACUCUGAUAGCUAAACAUACAUUCUGGCAAUAAUGGCUUGGGAAUAAUUUUAUAUAAUUAAACAUAAUAAUUUACAAAUGCAUUAAGAACAGGCCUAGGCAAUACUGUAUAUAGUAGGGCCCACCUUUAUCUCAUAAUUCCCCUUGUUCUCUAUCUAUAGCUCAUUAUAUUAAGUAAGAAGCUCCAGUUUGAAUGUUUAUGUGCAACUUAUUCAUGUUUACUUUAUUUGUCCUUUGAGGAUUAUGUACAUGCGAAUCACUCUCAUUGGUCCUUUAAAUUAGAAUCCACCCACCUGUUCACUUCACAUCAUCAAUUCUCCUCCUGGCAGGCUUUUAAUUUGAAACACAAGCAAUAUUUGGGUUGAUGAAUGUUGAUUUAAUAGUUUUUGGUGGACAGUGAAGGUGAAUUUUCCGGGGGGGAAAUUGAUGGGAUUACUAGUUCCAUGAUGGCUACUAUGUAUAUCAUCCUGAGAUUAUUUGUCAUGACCACACAGAUACAGUAUUAAGCACUUUUUUGUUCAAUCAGCUUUCUCUGAGUGGAAUCCCAGAGAAAAAUUGUGGGACCUCCAUGGGUA